UUUAUAUAAAAAUAUCAUUUACUAUAACUGAUUCAAUUAAUAAAAAAUUAUAUAAUUAAAUGUUAUUAAUUAAAAAAGUAUUAAAUAUAUUUAUUAUUUGGGAUCAAUUAUGGGAUUAACACUUUAAAGUGUAUCCUUUUGUGAUUUUAGGAACAUUUCAAUGUACUACCAAAAACAGUUGAAGAUGCUUCAACAACUUGGCCAUUAUUUGCUACCGCAGAAGAUUUUCUCGCCGUCGCAACCACCACCUCCGUGGAACGCCUUCUGCUCCGCCGCUGCCAUUGACGGAGCCAACCAUCUCCCUUUCAUGUUUCAUCUUUUAAAAUCUCCUUACCCUGUUAUCUCUCCCUCUGAUUGUUGAAUUCCACAUUUUCUCACUUCCCCAUCUUACCUCCGGUCCUCUCUUCUCCUUUCAGAUUUGCUCUCUGUUCCCUAAUUGUUUGGGUUCCCUAAUUACAAUCCUUAUGGUAUAUAUUUUUGUUAAUGCUUACCUCAAUAUAUGAGUGACCUCGAUCUCACUUUUCCCUUGGGUUCCCUGUUUUCAGAUCUUAGGGUUUAGAUUUUACAUUUUCAUCCUCACCUAAAAUCAUCUUCUCGUUAAUGUUUAUUUGCUUUUGAUGUUCUCUGUUACGCUGAAACACAGCUUCUUCUCUCGAGGGCAAAAUCGUCUUUCAAGCUUGUAGGAAGUGUCCAAUAUCAUAAGCCCAUUUCGAUUGUACCUUAUCUCCAAUUUGUAGCCCAAAUUGUGCCUAAAACAGUAAUAGCCCCUUAUUAUUUGCUUAAAAAAUUAAAAACAAUACUAAAAGUAACUGCGGCUAGUUUUAGAAUUUGCUAAUCGUAUAGUCAUAAUUCAUGGAACAUUGGAUUAAAAAUAAAAAGUAAGAUAAUAAAAAGUGGAAUGUGUGUAAUGUGUAGUCACGUGAAAGAAGUUUUGGGGAAAUUAAUAAAUAUAAAAUAAAUGGAUUGAAUUAAAAAAGUCCGUACGGUGCAGUCGUACAGGGUAACCUACCCACUCCCACCUCUUUUUUUU